AUGGAAAAAUUUGACUGGAAAGCCACUAUCAAAAUCAACAUUCUGAAACUGAAGGUGGUGGGUCUCUGGCCAAAAGGUGACAAAACGUACGAGUUCAACGUGUACACACUAUGGGCAGCCGUAUCCUUCACUUGCAUCAUAUUUGCACACAACUUCUUCCAAGUAGUUAAUAUAAUUUUUCACAUGGAUGACCUACAGGCUGUCACAGCGACAAUCUACUUAAAUUUGUCUGAACUACUUGGAAUGCUGAAGGGUUACCACGUCUUUCAAAAUAUGGGGUUGUUGAAGAAACUUAUGGUCACUCUUAACAGCGAUUUGUUUCAACCGAAGAAUGUCAGACAGCGGCAACUCAUAGAACCCAAUUUAAAAAUUUGGAGGUAUAAUUAUAUCCUGUAUUGGGGGAUGAGCGGUGGAGCGAUUUUUUUCUGGAUAACGUUCCCGAUUCUGGAUAAUUCGGUUAAAGACUACAGGCUGCCAUUUAUGGCUUGGUAUCCUUUCGACACUCGGACGUCUCCGAACUAUGAAAUCGCCUACAUGCAUCAAGUAAUCGGCAUUCUUUUUGUAGCCACGUCGACUUUAGGUGUUGACACUUUAAUUGCUGCUUUGAACAUGUACACAGGGGCCCAAUUGGAUAUUUUGUGCGAUGACUUGAGGCAUCUUGGUUUAGCAGAUUUUAACAAAAAUUUUAUGAAGUGUGUGAGACAUCACAAAGAAAUUUUGAGAUUCUGCGACGACUCGAAUAAAUUUUUCAACUGGAUUGUAUUUUUUCAGUUCUUUAUUAGUGCGACUUCUAUUGGAAUCACAAUGUUCCAGAUGACUGUGGUGGUUCCUUUAAGUAGUGAAUUUUUGUCCAUAAUGUCGUUCGAAUUGGCAAUCAUCGUCGAAAUUUUUAUGUACUGUUGGUUCGGUAAUGAAGUCCAAGAGAAAGUAAAUCUGUAA